AUGUAUCAUGCAAAACUUGGACUUAAAACAAGUCAUCGUUGGUCUUUGCUUAGAAAUUUAGUUGCAUCUUUGAUUGAAUAUGAUCGAAUAAGGACUACACAUCCAAAAGCAAAAGCAGCACAAAGACUUGCAGAUAAGGUGGUCAAGUGGGCUAAAAUAGGUAAUCAUCAUGCCAGAACACAAGCAAAAGCUUUACUUCGGGAUCCAAAUAAUAUUGUAGUUCCUAAACUCUUCAAAGAGCUAGCCAAGCGUUAUAAGGAACGUGAGGGUGGUUAUACCCGUGUUCACAAAUUAGGAUUUCGUCCUGGUGACAAAGCAGAAAUGGCUAUUUUAGAGUAUGUUGAUGCACCAGGAGAUUUAAAAUAUCAAAUGUUGGUCAGACAACUUGCAAGAAGAGAAAUAGAUCCAUCUCUUAAAGUAUCAGAACCAGAGAAAGGACAAUUUAUGAGAAUUAGUAAAUAUGAUCGUAAAAAAUUAUUAAAUAGAUUAAAUGGGCAAAAAAAAUUCUUAAAAAAAGUUGAGAAAAUGAAGAAAUCUUUGAAACUUACAGAUGAAGAUUUACAGCAAAGAGUUGAAACUGAAAAAGAUAAAUUAGAAUGGCAGGAUGAAAAUAUUGAAUUCCAAAGAAGAGAAAGGAGGGAAAGAAUGAAAGGUGGUCUGGAAUCAUAUGCAGAUUUCAUGUAA